AUGCCGGGCAUGCGGUCUACACCGUUUUCCUUAUUCAGGAAGACUCUUCGGCCCAGGUCACUCACUCAAUCGAGGUCUUUCCGUGCGCCUAGUCCACUACAAAGCUUUCCGUCCCAACCCAUUCAUCGCCCGCCCGGCCAGCAACUAUGGCCUGGGAACAAUGCAUUCGUUUGCUUAAUAUGUCAAUUGCGCGCACAUUCGAGGUUUUAUUCCACUCAUAAUGACAAAGAUACCCAGGAAGGGGUUAAAAAGGCAACAGCCAAGGAUGGCAAGGAGGAUGGGGCGGUAGCAGAUGUUCCUAGCCCGGUAAAACCACCGGCCUUCAACCAAAGUGAACUUCCUUCUCAGGAGGAGCAUCUACGGUCAAAUCUCUCGAAGAAAUUCGGAGAAUUAAUGGAUAAUUUGCAAUCCAACAUCUUUGUUGCCGGACAGCAUCUAAACGAUCUUACUGGGUACACUGUUAUUGAGAAACUGAAGCAGGACAUUCGGGCCCAAGAGGAACUAGUGCGCCGUACUCGUGAGAAAGUUCGUCAAGCAAAGGAAGCCUACUCCUCAGCUAUACACUGCCGUUCCGCCUCCCAGCGUGAAGUCAAUGAACUUCUGCAGAGGAAACAUGCUUGGACGCCGACAGAUCUUGAACGAUUUACCUCUCUUUACCGAUCCGAUCAUGCCAAUGAGCGGGCAGAGAUAGAAACACAAGAAGCGCUCUCGAAUGCCGAGCGUGAAGCCGAGGAAGCAACUGCCGAGUUAAGCAAAAAUAUCCUGACACGCUAUCAUGAAGAGCAGGUUUGGUCCGAUAAAAUCAGGCGCAUGAGUACGUGGGGUACGUGGGGCCUGAUGGGUGUCAAUGUACUGCUUUUCUUAGUCUUUCAGAUUGCCGUUGAGCCUUGGAGGCGGCGGAGACUGGUCAAAGGGUUUGAGGAAAAAGUCGCGGAGGCAUUGGAGAAAGAGAAUAGCCGGCAUGCUAAAGAAAUUUCCGCGGCUGUUGCACAAGAGAAGCCAACGUCUGAGCCUGAGAAAGAUGCUGGUGUUGUAGCAUCAGAUACGUCAGAUUUACCAGAAGCGACGGAUAAAUCUGAAUCCGCUACUGAGAGACCUGCGGAGGGAAAGCAUACGCAGCCCUCUGUAGAGGCUGAAUCAACGAUACCAGAAUUACCACCUCUGACACCCAUGCUUCCGCCGGAUCUCGACCUAGCACCUGAGGCCUGGAGGAAGACAUCUCAGGCUUUCUUUACUGAACGACGUGUUACUAUCCUACAACGAGACUUGACCACCGUGGUGUUGGAAAGUGCAGCGAUAGGUGCUGCAGUAAUGGGCGGCGUCCUGUUUGCCAUUUCCCGGAUAGGCUAA